UGUUUUGCGAUUGCACAACUUCUAUCUUCGCCGGUCAAGGUCGAUGAAAAAAAUUACGGUUUUAUUUUUAGAUCAUUGCACGCUUUUCGUCAUCAUCCACCUUAAUGGUAUUACCAAUUGAACUGUUGAACAUACGAUGAUUUAGUGGAGCAACAAUCUAAUCUUCAUAUUUUAUACUAUUCUCUAAACUCUUCCUAGCCCAAUAGAAUCAACGAAUGAACGAUUUUCACAAAACAAAAAACUAGCUAGAAUCCGCUCGCAGCCCUGGCGUUGAAUGCCAAAGAUAACAACAGGUAGAGUAUGUAGCGCCAUGUAACCGGCCUUCCUAGGUGGUUGGAAGCAAUACAGAGAGAAAAUUGUACAAUUUUCGCAAAGAACUGACCAUCAAGCGUUGACGUAGAAUGUAUGCUCCCUGCCAUGUUAUCACUUGUCGCUGUCUGUUUUCGAUAUCAAUUAGGCGCAGAAGAAUUUUUGUCAGUUUCUGUCGGCAGCAGCAGCGGUUACCGUUAGUCGUUAUCGGAAGCUUGUUCGGUGUAAACGUUGCAAAUGUCCCUGGUCGUAAUUAGAAUGCUGGCGAACUGGUUGAGGUUCAUGAGUGUAGUGGUUCUGUUGCCGAGAAGUUUGGAAGCUGCAGAUGCAAUUUGUGAACGCAUAGACUUCAACGAUUUCAGUGCCUACAAGAUCCGGCAGUGCUCGGAAGGCGGAAAGAAUUUAUUGCGUCUAGCUGCCUACGCGGGGUCUUCCAAUUUCAGCCCUUAUCGAGAAAAUGUAUUUUAUUAUUUGUCGAACGAUGUUACUGGUACUAGUUGCUGCGAAUCCGUAGAAAGCUUUUUCAUGAAUUCUUACACGGAAAUAAGAAUGAUUUAUCAAUUCGUAUUCAGAACAGAGUGUACAUUAACGGUGAGGAUACUGGAUUUGGAUCUGCUCGACAGGCAAGGAAUGCCAACGACUGCUCAAAUUUGGACAACACGUCAGUCGACAAGAACUUGGAGUCUAUUUUCUGGAAAGGUUGAAAGAGAAAUCAAAAGAGCCAUAUUACAAGUAGAAGUUGAAAUGAGCGAUGACGGGGACAUAGCGAUUGAGUACAUAACGGUCUUCAAUCCUCUUGUUUUGGAAGAGUUUUGUAUGAUACUGGAUGAAUUUUAUACUCCACCUGCGACCACUACAAUACGCACAACAUCAACUACAAUGUCAAGGCCUACAAGCACUACAGCUGCAUCAACAACGAGACGCACAAGAUCAACAAGUACAACCACUCGAUCAACAACAGAGUUUCCAACCACAACAACUACAUCUACAACAGUGUCUUCAACUACCCCAACCACAACUUCUUCACCUUCCACUACUUCAUCUACUGUUGUCACAACUACUGAAAUUCCGGAAACGACUACUGCAAGUAGUACUUCUACUAGCAGCACGUCUACAACAAAAAUAACAACAACGACGACUACCGCAUCCACUACCACUGUACCAGCAAGAAGAACAACUACUACAGUAGUACCAACAACGAUAACGACAACAUCCGUCCCUACUACAUUAGAAAUAACUACCACUUCUGUUACUACAACACGUGAUACAACAACACCAAUUAUUAUUACCACAGAUCCAGAAACAUCCACAAUCACUACUCCCGUUCCAAUAACAUCCAAUACACCAGUUCCAACAACAACUAGUACCAUAUCAAUUCCAACAACUACAACAAUCCUCAUGACUACCUCGCCACCACUAACAACAGAGUCGACAUCAAGCACAAAAUUGGUGACCAAUUUAUCAACAGAGGCAUUGACUUCUACUGAAACAGUUCCACAAACAACUGUUUCAUCAACACAAACUUCUUCGCUUCAAAUAUCUACCACAACACCAACAAUUUCGACGACUGUGCCUACUUCAACUUUAAAUACUUCAAAAGUAACUUCUGAGGAAAUAACUACUGCUACAACCAAUAGCGUAACUUCAACUAUAGCUCAAACAUCUGUUACCACAACAGUUAUUCUUGACACAACAACUCCGAUAAUACCCACUACCAUUAAUACAACAUGGGAAACAACAGGAGGAACAGUAACCACUGUUUUACAAACCACUAUUUCUUCGACGGCAGCACCGAAAACUACAACAAGUCACACUACUGAAUCAAACGUGCCUCACACUUCUGAGAUGGAAGAUAAUCAAUCGGAUGACCCUACAACGACCAGAUCCUCAACUCGACGUACAAGAACAACGACUAGAAGAACAAGUCCCUCGGAACCGAGUUCUACAACUGUCGCUUCCACAACUACAAUUACAACAACAACAGUCAUUACCGUACCUACGACAGUCAGUGUCGAGGAAACCACUUCGACUCAAUCAACUGAUCAUACAUCAAUGGAUUCAACGGCAGAUCCCCUUAUUACCACUUCUGAGCAUUCUACUAUAACCCAGGCAUCUCAAAGCACUGCAACAGAAGACAACCCAGCCACACUUACUACACCCUUAGCCUUAACAACUCCUUCGGAUAUAACACCCACGACACUACUCACCGUGAGACCUACGCCAACUCCGCCAUUCUAUCUUCCGAUUCAACAAAAUAACUAUGAUGAGCCAACUGCUAUAUGGCUAUCUAUUACCGGGAUAUUCCUCUUCCUACUGGUUCUUAGUUCGGCAUAUGGAGUAUAUCUAUUCGUAAGCUGCAAACAAAUCACCCAAGUCGUCAACAGAGAGCUUGAGCUAGUAGAGGAGCAACCGCCAAGCCAAAUGUCCAGAGUGUCAAUCAACCAUUACGUUAACCCUCUGGCACAGGAAACGUACCACCGUCAACGGCAGCGCCAGGAACAACAAUUGCGGCAAUCUCGAGCGCGUCAACAGCGAUCACAGCAUCGUGAAAGACGACCAUCCUCAUCCAGUGGCAAUAGCAGUUAUCUGGAGCCAGUUCGCCGAACCACCAAGCAGCCCAUCAUCCCUCCGAAGGCAUCCGGUCGCCCGUUCUCGUUGGCGGAAGAAAUCCGAAAAGCUAAGCUUAAAAAUCAUCAUCUCAAUAAAUUUUGA